AUGAAUAUGAAGGCUGUGUGCAAGUUGACACAAGUUGUUAUUACCCUUUGGAUUGUGCUAAGUGUGGGACUUUGUUCCAUUACAAAAUCAUUAGCAGCUUCAAGUUCAAGGCAGUGUUAUUUCCCUGCCAUCUUCAACUUUGGGGACUCAAAUUCAGACACUGGAGGUCUUUCUGCUGCCUUUGGACAAGCUGGUCCUCCUCAUGGAGAGUCCUACUUCCAUCACCCUGCUGGUCGCUACUGUGAUGGCCGUCUUACCAUUGACUUUAUAGCUGAGAAGCUGGGCGUACCCUACUUGAAUGCAUACCUUGAUGCGGUUGGCUCAAAUUUUAGGCAUGGAGCCAACUUUGCAACUGCUGGAUCAACCAUUAGACCUCAGAAUACAACCCUUCAUCAGUAUGGUGGUUUCAGCCCUUUCUCUUUGGAUGUUCAAUUCAAUCAGUUCAAUGAUUUCCAGCGCAGGUCCCAACUUUUUCGCAAUAAAGGUGGUGUAUAUAAAACGUUGUUACCAGAAGCAGAAGAUUUUUCUCGCGCAUUAUAUACAUUUGAUAUUGGCCAGAAUGACUUGACUGCGGGUUAUUUCCACAACAUGUCCACAGAUCAAGUUAGAGCUUAUGUUCCCGAUGUUUUAAUUCAAUUCAAGAACGUAGUGAAGUAUGUGUAUGAUCAUGGAGGAAGGUCAUUCUGGAUUCACAAUACGGGUCCUGUGGGUUGUUUGCCAUAUAUCUUGGAUCUUCAUCCAUUAAAAGCAUCUCAAGUGGACAAAUCAGGAUGUGCAAUCCCUUAUAAUGAAGUUGCUCAGUUCUUCAAUAGUGAAUUAAAAGAAGCUGUUUUUCAACUCAGAAAAGAACUUCCCUUGGCAGCAAUCACCUAUGUUGAUGUUUACUCGGUCAAGUACUCUCUCUUUAGUCAAGCAAGGAAGCAUGGUUUUAAGGAACCUCUGAGAGCUUGUUGUGGGCACGGUGGGAAGUACAACUACAAUAUGCACAUUGGAUGUGGGGCUAAGGUUAAGAUUCAUGGAAAAGAGAUCCUGUUGGGAAAACCAUGCAAGGAUCCAUCGGUUUCGGUUAUUUGGGAUGGUGUUCAUUACACUCAGGCUGCUAACAAUUGGGUGUUUGAUCAAAUCGUAGGUGGUUCAUUUUCUGAUCCACCUAUUCCUUUAAAUCUGGCUUGUCAUAAGCAUCCUUAAAAGUGUUCUAAACCUCUGUCUUCUCUCUGUCGCCCCAUAAUUUUGUCUUCCUAGGAAAAUACUCUCGUGGUAAGGAAAAUGUUACACCUCUCGAUUUGUAAAGAAAAACCUCUCUCUUAGUUGAUAGCAUUUCAUUGGAGGAAUAAAAUUGAGAACAGAGGAUUUAAGUUCUGC